GGACAGACUCCAAUAAAAAAGGCAUUUUAGUUUAUGUUCGAUUCCUGCAACAACAACAAAAAAAAAGAGAGAGAAAACAAAAAACAUUCUCAAGUUUCGUAUACUUCACCGAGUUUCAUUUUUAAUUUCUUGAAACUUCUUGCUUCUUCUUGCCCAAAUCCCACCCUAGAGUAGUAUUAAAAGAAAUAAAGCAAUAAUAUAUGCUAUCAGGUGACUGAAACAAGAUAAAAUAAUCUCUGUUCUUCUUCAAACUCAAGCUUCCAACUUCCACUGAUUCUCAUACAUCUGAGCUCAUCUUAACUAAAAAAGUUCAGAUUUUUGUGCUGUUUUUGGGUGUUUACUAUUUGUCUUUUUUUUUUUUGGUUUCCGAUGUUGUCCAAAAGUGUUUUCGCUGUCUCUUUCGUAAUCAUUUCCCUGUACGGUAACUUGUUUACGGAAACCGAAGGGAUCGGCGUGAACUGGGGCUCACAGGCGAGCCACCCGCUGCCUCCAGCGACGGUGGUGAGGCUUCUCAAGGACAACGGAAUCCAAAAAGUGAAACUUUUCGAAGCCGACUCCGAGAUUCUCAGUGCCCUGAGCCGGUCCGGGAUCCAGGUCAUGGUCGGGAUCCCUAACGACUUGCUCGCUCCCAUAGCCGGAAGCGUCGCCGUCGCAGAGAGAUGGGUCUCUCAAAACGUCUCCGCUCACGUCUCCUCCAACGGCGUCGACAUCAGGUACGUGGCGGUUGGGAACGAACCUUUCUUGAAGUCAUUCAACGGAACGUUCGAAGGGAUAACACUCCCUGCUCUACAGAACAUACAGUCAGCUCUCAUCAAAGCUGGUUUAGCCUCUCAGGUGAAAGUCACGGUCCCGCUUAACGCUGACGUGUACGAAAGCGCGUCGAAUCUACCCUCGGACGGAGACUUCAGAGCCGAGAUACGCGAUCUCAUGAUCAGUAUCGUCAAGUUUCUAAGCGACAACCAAGCUCCCUUCACCAUCAACAUCUACCCUUUCAUCUCUCUCUACAACGACCCUCACUUCCCCGUGGAGUUCGCCUUCUUCGACGGAACGGGCUCUCCCGUCAACGACAAUGGGAGAGUCUAUGACAAUGUCUUAGAUGCGAACUACGAUACUUUAGUCUGGUCCUUGCAGAAGAACGGGUUCGGUAACAUGUCUAUCAUUGUUGGGGAAGUCGGGUGGCCUACGGAUGGUGAUAAGAACGCGAACUUGCAGUACGCGAGACGGUACAACCAAGGGUUUAUGAACCGUCAGAAGGCUGGGAGAGGGACGCCGAUGAGACCAGGGGCACUGGAUGCUUACUUGUUCGGUCUUAUAGACGAAGAUGCUAAGAGCAUUCAGCCUGGGAACUUUGAGAGACACUGGGGGAUUUUCUACAUCGAUGGACAGCCUAAGUAUCAGCUCAGCCUUGGUAACGCUAACGCCGGGCUGGUCCCUGCGAAGGGUGUGCGUCACAUGGCGAAGAAAUGGUGUGUUCUUGCGCCGUCGGCUAAUCUUCAGGAUCCUCAGCUGGGACCGAGUGUUAGUUACGCUUGUGAUCAUGCUGAUUGUACUAGUCUUGGGUAUGGUUCCUCUUGUGGUAGCUUGGAUCUAGCGAAGAAUGUUUCGUAUGCGUUUAAUAGCUAUUAUCAGGUGAGUGAUCAGCUGGACAGUGCGUGUAAGUUCCCUGGGGGUCUCUCUGUGAUCACUACGAGUGAUCCCUCUGUUGGGAGUUGCAAGUUCAAGAUAAUGAUCAAGUCGGGUUCUUCGGGUGGUGAAGCAAGAGGUAGGAUGACACGAUCAGGGACGGUGUUGCUACUCUUGUCGUGGUGUCUGUAUAUUGUUCUGUGAAUACUGAAAGGAAGUUUGAUGGUUUUGAUUAUUUCUUUUGGAUAUAAGUUUGGUGUUUUAUUGAUAAAAACUAAAAAACAAUAAUUGAGAUUUAUGUAUUGAUUACCUGCUUGAUCU